AUGGCGGCCGGAGCAGACGCACAGGGCAAGGUGAUCCUGUGGGCAGAGAGAGAGAGCGGGGAAGAAGACGAAGAUGAGGUGGAGCGGAAGGCUAGAAUAAGGAAGCAGCUCCUGGAACCUGAGUUGUUGCCAUCUUCCUACGACACCGCGUGGGUGGCUAUGGUGCCCUUGCGGGGCUCUCCUCAAGUUCCAUGCUUCCCUCAGUGUGUUGAAUGUGUCCUACAAAAUCAGCAGAGCAAUGGAUCUUGGGGUCUAGUCCAAAUGGACUCCUCCGUCAACAAGGAUGUCCUCUCAUCCACAUUGGCUUGUGUGCUGGCACUUAAGAGAGGACUACGUUUCAUCGGAAGAAAUUUCUCCAUUGUUACAAAUGAGCAGAGUGUUGCUCCUAUAGGCUUCAAUAUCACGUUUUCGGGUAUGCUUAGCCUUGGGAUGGAGAUGGGUUUGGAAUUUCCGGUUGGACAAAAUGAGCUUGAUAGGAUUCUUCAUCUCCGGGAGGUGGAACUGAAAAGAUUUGUUGGGGAUAAAUCUGAUGGGAGAAAAGCAUAUAUGGCUUAUGUUGCUGAAGGGCUAGGAAACCUACUGGACUGGAAUCAAGUUAUGAAGUUCCAGAGGAAGAAUGGGUCAUUGUUCAACUCUCCUUCCACAACUGCUGCUGCACUAAUCCACAAUUUUGAUGACAAAGCCCUACAGUACCUAAAUUUGCUUGUCAGUAAAUUUGGCGGUUCAGUUUAUCCAACAAAUAUACAUUGUCAGCUUUCAUUGGUAGAUUCUCUAGAAAACAUCGGGAUAUCUCAACAUUUUUCUAGUGAGAUAAAGAGAAUCCUAGACGUGGCAUACAGUUUCUGGUUACAGAGAGACAAGGAAAUCAUGCUAGAUGUAGCAGCAUGCGCAAUGGCAUUUCGUCUUUUGCGAAUGAAUGGAUAUGAUGUUUCCUCGGAUGAUUUGUAUCAUGUUGGUGAAUCCACUUUCCAUAAUUCACUUCAGGGAUAUUUAAAUGAUACAAAAUCUAUAUUGGAAUUGUACAAAGCUUCAAAAGUCAGUGUAUCAGAAAAGGAAUUUAUCCUAGAUAACAUAGGCUACUGGUCAGACAGGUUAUUGACAGAAAAGUCGUUCUCUGAUCGGGUGCAAACAACACCAAUCUUUCAAGAGGUUGAGUAUGCUCUUAAAUUUCCCUUUUAUGCCAGAGUGGAACGUAUAGGCCACAAGAGGAACAUUGAACACUUUGAUGCCAUGUGGUAUUUCAAUGUUUCUCAAUCUAUUUACCAGGAUGAGCUCCUGCAUCUUGAAAGUUGGGUGAAAGGGAACCGGCUGGACCAAUUACAAUUUGCACGGCAGAAGCUGACAUAUUGUUAUCUUGCUGCUGCUGCUACUAUAUUUCCUCCUGAACUGUCUGAUGCUCGCAUGUCGUGGGCCAAAAAUGGUGUGCUCACAACUGUUGUUGAUGAUUUCUUCGAUGUUGGUGGAUCAAAAGAAGAACAUGAAAACCUCAUAACAUUAGUUGAGAAGUGGGAUGAUCACCCCAAAGAUGAGUUCCGCUCUAAGCAAGUGAAAAUAUUGUUUUAUGCUAUCUAUACUAUAGUCAAUCAGCUUGGAGCAGUAGAUUCUGCAAUACAAAACCGUGAUGUUCGAAAGCACUUGAUAGAAUUAUGGCUACAGCUGUUGAGGUCUAUGAUGUCUGAGGCAGAAUGGCGGAUGAGAAAAUAUGUGCCAACAGUUGAGCAAUACAUGUCAAAUGCAGUUGUUUCCUUCACACUGGGGCCCAUUGUGCUCACAUCAUUGUACUUUAUUGGGCCAAAGCUCUCGGGAUGUGUUGUCCAAGAUCAAGAAUACAACGAGUUAUUUAGGCUAACGAGCACUAUUGGUCGUCUCCUCAAUGAUAUCCAAGGCCUUGAGAGGGAGAGCAGGGAGGGAAACCUGGAUUAUGUCUCACUACUUGUUCUCCACAGUGGUGGUUCUAUGUCAAUUGAAACGGCUAAAGAGAUGAUACAGAAGGCCAUAGCCUCAUGUAGAAAAGGCUUGCUAAAGUUGGUUCUUAGGGAAAACACAGUUGUUCCUAGGCCGUGCAAGGAGCUGUUCUGGAAGAUGUGCAAGAUAGUUCACUUGUUCUACUCUCAGACUGAUGGAUUUAGCUCGCCAAACGAAAUGGUGAGCACGGUUCAUGCAGUUAUCACCGAGCCGCUAAAACUCCAAAUCAACAAUCCACCUUUGCCCGUGCAGUCAGAAAAUUAA